ACACGGAUGAUCCCGAUAAUAAAUGAUCUCAAUCAUUUCAUGAUCUUCGUUAUUCCGCAGCUCAGUUGUGUUGCACGUUGAUAUUUAUCGGUUCAGGUUUAUUCGGAGGAAUGACAAUUCUUUAAAGAUACCGCUGCCGAGACAAGGAGACCUUUGAUUCGGUGUCUUCGAUUCGUGGAAAGCGUUCACCAUGAGAAAUUUAUUCGCGAUAAGAAGAGCUGUGCGCGGCGUUACUGACAUAGUUCACAAUUAGUCGAAGUGGCAGAAGGGGAAAUCCGAGGAUAAACAGCUCUGGAUCAGCUCAACGUGACCUCUGGAACUUUUUUCUCCCGGAACGGCGCAGUAGUCCCGUGUACGAGAUACGGAAGACACUUAAAAUAUGCAGUGUCUAGGAUUUUUAAUCGCUCUUCUGGGUGUAGUCAGUGGGGCACCAGAUCGCGAAAAACGGCAAGUCGGUACCUCUCUGGUCGGUCUGCAGUGCCAGGAGAUUUUCGGCGUCGCUUGCGACUCGCUGAACAAUCCUUCGCCUCCGCCACCCCUAAAAACGGACCUACCCACGGAGGCGCCGUCCGAUUGCCAAUGUGUCACCUACUAUUUGUGCUCUAGUGACAAAGUCGUUGUCACCGAUGGUUCAUUCGUCAUUGACAAAAGAGUUGGCGAGACGUGUCCCGGGAUCCUGGACGUCUGUUGCAACAAAGCGUCGAUCAUUCCCGCUCCGACUGACAACGCGACGUCGUCGCCUCCGACGGACAGACCGCGACCGAACCAAACGCCAACGCCGAUCCCGAUCCCAACGCCGACGCCGUCGCCGAUCCCGAGACCGACCGUGAAGCCACCCGCAAUCCUGCCGGGCUGCGGCCACCGGAACCCCGGAGGAGUCACUAUUCGUAUCGCUGGAACCGACACCGAAAGCCAAUUCGCCGAAUUUCCGUGGAUGGUAGCGGUUCUCAAAAAACCCUUGGUUCCGGGGGGACGCAGCGUUUACGAAUGCGGUGGUUCACUGAUCCACCCCCGGGUCAUCCUCACCGCGGCCCACACCGUGGAAAAGAAGAGCGUCGAAGAAUUGCUCGUAAGGGCAGGUGAAUGGGAUACGCAGAUACGAUCGGAGCCGAUCCCCCACCAGGAACGUCAAGUGAUGGCGAAGAUACUACACGAGAAUUUCAACACCAACAAUCUACAAAAUGAUUUCGCCCUUCUGAUAGUACGCGAGGCUUUCAUAAUCGCUCCCAACGUCAAUGUGCUCUGUCUUCCGCAACCGACGGACAUUUUCGAUGCCGCAAGAUGCACGGCUACCGGAUGGGGGAAAAAUAACUUCGACCAAACCGGCCGGUUCCAGUCCGUCUUGAAAAAAAUCGAGCUUCCCGUGGUGCCCCACGAGCCAUGUCAAACAUUCUUACGUUUGACGAGACUCGGUCAGCCUUUCGUCCUCGACAAGACAUUCAUCUGCGCCGGAGGAGAAGCGGGACAGGAUACGUGCACGGGUGACGGCGGAAGCCCGUUGGCGUGUCCUCUGGCAAACGAUCCGAACCGUUACGUUCAAGCCGGUAUCGUGGCCUGGGGAAUCGGAUGCGGAGGUGACAGACAACCCGGAGUUUACGCGAAUGUAGCGAGAGCCAGACGAUGGAUCGAUUCUAAAAUGGCACAAUAUAAUCUAGACACUUCCUCGUACACAAUUUGAUCGGUAAAAAUUGAGCG